AUGGAUCCUGAGGAACUCUAUACCAAGCAAAACUGCAUCGGAGGUGGAAGCUUUGGCAAGGUGUACAAAGGAGUGGACAAACGUACGGGACAAGCAGUGGCCAUCAAGGUCAUUGACGUCGAAAACGCAGAAGAUGAAGUCGAAGACAUCAUCCAAGAAAUCUCGAUUCUCUCGGAAUUGCAGUCGCCGUAUGUGACCAAAUAUCAUGGCUCAUUCCUCAAGGGCUCCGAUCUCUGGAUCAUUAUGGAGUUCUGCUCGGGCGGCAGCUGCUCAGAUCUCAUGAGGCCCGGCAAUAUCCAUGAAGAUUACAUCUGCAUCAUUAUUCGUGAGUUGUUGAUGGGUCUGGAUUAUCUACACACGGACAAGAAGUUACAUCGAGAUAUCAAGGCAGCCAACAUUCUUCUGGGACAGAAUGGACAAGUCAAGCUGGCCGAUUUUGGCGUCUCUGGCCAAUUGUCGGCGACCAUGACCAAGAAAAACACGUUUGUAGGCACUCCCUUUUGGAUGGCUCCUGAGGUCAUCAAGCAGUCUGGCUACGAUCACAAGGCAGAUAUCUGGUCUCUCGGUAUCACUGCCAUCGAACUCGCACAGGGAGAGCCUCCAUAUGCCGACAUACAUCCGAUGAAAGUUCUGUUUCUCAUCCCCAAAAAUCCCCCUCCAACACUACAAGGGAACUUCUCGCGCACGUUCAAGGACUUCGUUGAGCUUUGUCUGCGACGAGACCCUCGCGAGCGGCCGUCGGCGAAAGAAUUGCUCAAGCACCCUUUUGUGCGCAAAGCGAAGAAGACGACGUAUCUCACCGAACUCAUUGAGAGAAAUGAGCGAUACAUGGCAACUCGUGGCAACCGGAAUUCUGACGACGAGGAUGACGAAGAGGAAGAACCUCAGCGAACAAGCCAGUCAACAGCAGAAAAUGAAGAUCUGUGGGAUUUUGGCACUGUCAGGCCAGCGGGUGGUCGUGCGACAGGACUUCGUCCGAUGAAUGACUCUGAUACCAAUGCUCGUGCCUCUGGUGAAGCAUCUCCAACCAAAACCCAGCACGAAUGGGAUGAGACUGUUCGGGCUCCAUCUUCUCCUCAGAAAUCGCCCGUAAAAUCUACAUUUCCAACUCCCGCCAAGGUGCCCCUUCCGCCUUCUCCUAUGAAAGCUACAGAGUCGCCAUCCCCAGAGACUUCAGGCCUCGCUGGAAAUGCCCCAAAGGCACCUCCUGCGUUUAACGUGGCGAAGACGUCGAACACUCCGAACACACCAGGUGCAGCUCUUGCCAACAAGGGUCCCAUCACCCCAUUGCACAAGGAUAGUCCUGAAUCGAAUGAAUACAACAAAGCCUUCCAAGCACAGCUGGCCAAAGAUAUGGGAUUCCUCAAGAUCGACAGUGGAAAUAGUCCGAACCCCCAAAGUCCAGCAUCACAGGGCCAGACACCACCAGGACAGAAGCCGCGCAUGGUCAUACCUGAGAUUCCACCCUUUAGAGGCAACCCAGGUCGAGGAGCGCCGAUCCAACAAACCGAAACCUCAGCGAUCGCGAGGCCUUUAGGUCAACAACCUCUUCCACCCUUUUCUCCCAAAGACCUUCCCUCAGUCCCAUCACGAGCUCCAUCCACGGCGUCUAUGAACAAUCAACAACCCCUUCCGCCAUUGACGAGCAAAAUCAACCAACAAGCCUCUACCACCACGACGGCAACGACGAACAGCACAUCAUCGAGGACCAAUAGCGCAGACACAAACACCAAAGCCAACACCGCCUUGCAGGAGACUCACAAAGACGACCCCAAUCAGGGACUUACUGCGCUCGACGCUGUCCUCAUUCCGGCAUUGGAGGCAGCCCUCCACCGUCGAACCUACAUGCUGAAAGAACUCGCACGUACAAGCAAGGCCAACCCUUCACUCGCCGCCGAAAUGCAGCAGCAGAGAGUGCAGGCUCAUGAAAAGGUUCGACGAUUGGCCGCCAAAGCCGCUGCUGUUUUUGCUGAGAUCCAGAGAUGUGAUGAAGAGUGUCCUGUGGGUAUGGGCGGAGGAGUGACUGAGUUUCUGGAGGGGUUUCUCGAAGAAGUCCUGGUCAGAGUGGAGGCAGCAGAUGAGCCGGCCCCGAGCCCGAGAAAAGCGUGA